AUGCCAAAAGAAGAUGGCAACUGCAGACGAACCACCAUCCGUGCCAAUCAUUCCCCUGUAGCGAAGGUCGCCAGCGUCAAGCCUCCAAGGGCAUGGUGCCCUAGGCAGGAUGGUUAUCCCCGCGGAAUGACAGCUGUUUCGGUCGAGCUAAAGGCCGCGGCCCCGGAGGGAACGGAUGAAGGCAUCAUCGAUGUCUACCACGGAAGGGACCCCUCUUUUUCGGCCAAUGGUUUGUCCUUUCUCAUGGAAUUCCACAAGGACCACUCGGCCAUCGACCUAUACGGCAUGACACCUGAAAAUAGUGAAAUCGUGGACUUGGCUCUCAGAAACGCCAUGGCAGAAAAACUCUUCAUUACCAGCAAAUCCGACUCGGCCAUUAAGGCCGUAUACCAGGCGAACCGAGAAAAUAGGCAAAUCCGACCCGAGCAGGGAAAAUUAGAGGCCAAGGCCCCCUUCGGCAGAAGCGAUUUGGAAUACCUCCGCCAAUAUUUUACUGUGACCCCGGGCGACACCAUCUUUGGUCUGACGACCGAGAAAAGGGCUCGGGUAAGCCGGUUGGACGAUUACUUAGUGGCUAGGGAUGUGUUAGCUAAGGCUAGGCAAGCCCUCGAGGAGGAAGUCGAGACCUCGGACCCCCCCUAA